AUGCCCACUGACCGCACCAACACGAACUCCUCGCGGCCGCUGAAGCCCACCCUCGCAACCACCCGCACCGCGAAGACGCCCGUCGCCCCACGCCUGGCCCCCUCGGUAGCCUCUGGCAGCAGCGUUCAGUCCGGCCGCACGCCUCGGAGCAAUGCCGGGGCCACUCCGCGAUUCGGCAAUGCUUCGCAUGAGGACCUCACGCCCGUCAAGUCCUUCAUCAACAGCAACGUCACCCCUCGGUCGUCGUCGAGGAAGUCCCGCGUGGGCGUAGGCAGCGCACAGUCUACGCCGAAUGGCACUCCCUCCGGUACCCCGAUCAGCACACGGCCGGCUUCUACUGUCGACUUUCCUCAGCAAGAGCAGGGCCAUGGCUAUAGCGGGCUUGGGAUUAACGGCCUCAAUAGUGCCCAGAACAACCGGCCAAGGAGCGUAGUAGGAGGAAAUAAUUACAAUACAACGCCAACACCAAGGCCACCACUAUCGAAUAUCUAUAAUCACGCACCGGACGCCGGGGGGGCGCGGGCUGCCUCUCCCAUGUUCUUCCAUGCCAGCGAUGCCCGGCCCCAGGAGCAAGCACCGCCGCAGAAAAAGGCGCCUGUCUUUUUCUACGCGAACGGGCAGCAAGAUGAAAGAUCUCGCGCACACCAUGUCCCAUCUCCGCCCUUAUCGUCUGUUGGCAGGUUUCAACCGGAGAGCAAAUUCUUCCACGCAGAUUCGCUAUCAGAAGCGAGAAGCAACCCGCCGAUCCUUACGCCACCACCCAAUUCCGCAUCACCGGAGCCUUGGGCAAGCCUCAAUGCUCCGCAAGGGCAGCACUCGCUCCGCCCGCCAUCUCCGUCAAAGGAGAACAUGCAUCUUUCGUACAGAAAGGGAGCAUCUCAAGUGCUUCGACCAAAUCUCCGCAGUCGGCCUUCCGCGUUAUCGAUCCUCUCUGGGCCACAUACACCCGAUCUUGGUGUUGAGCGGUCUAGGAGAAGAUCUAGCGCCGCAUCCUCCGCAGUCCGUCUUGGCCAUAGCAAAAGCGCGAGUUUGUCUUCAAUCGACUCUACCCAUUCGCUGAAAAAGGUUCCGACUCGCGACCUACCGGCUAUUACUGCCAGCCCUUUGCAUAAUGAGAAGAGAGUUAUCAGUAAUGGCUCCCUGCCUGAAAGUGUGGCCUCUGCCCCCCUUGAGCAGACGGAAGCUCUAUCUGGCUUGCCCUCUCCACAUCCUAUGAGUCCCACAAAGCCUCAAAGCGCCCUCGAACACAUGAACGAGCUUGCAGCAAAUGCGCGGAGAGAACGGAAAGUGCUAGAUCUUGAAAUCAGCAACAACUCCCUGCUUGCCAUCAAUCGAUCGCUCGAACGGGAGGUGCGGAAACAGAAGGCCGAGCUACGGAGAUUCCGCCGCAUGAGCCGGGCAGGGCGUUUUUCGACAGACACGAUCUCAAAUCUUGAAGAAUUCUCGGCUAUAGGACUUAGCGAGCUCGGCAGUCUCUCUGACAUGUCGGAAGAGGAGGACGAAGCGGAAGAAGAUGAACCUGAAGACAGUAGCGAAUCUUCCUUCGACGAAAGUGCAAUGAGUCCCAGCGCCCUAGCAGACCGAGACAACGCACAUCGUUUGCGAGAUGAGAAACGCCUGCAGCUCGAUCUAUCGAAGCACCGGGAGCUGCUGGUCGAUAGCCAGAAGAUGAACCAGAGCCUGAAACGGUGCCUGAACUGGACCGAAGAGCUCAUCAAGGACGCGCAGAAGGCCCUCUCUUACCAGGUCCGGGUCAGCGACGUCCAGCUCGGUGGACGCGUCCUGAGCUCAGAGGAGCAAGCUGGAGGGGAGCAGAGCGAGGAGUCAAAGACGCUCCUUAGCCCCUGGACUCCUCCACAUCAAGCUGUGGAUCUGCUAGAUCAAGCUUCAGUAUCCGAUUCGGAGCGCACAGACCGAGAUAGCGGCAUCGAUGUCGACGGGAUGAAGGCCAUCUUUCCCGGACUACAAGGCUUCAUAUCACCACUAGCAUCGCCCCUAGGAGAGACCCCCACACGGCUGCCUUACUCGGGAGAAUCCAUGCAAGAACUGUACUAG